AUGCCAUCUUUCCCCAUCUUAAACAGCUUUAGGAAGCUGUGUGGAUCAAGUAAGACUGAAGAAUUGGUGCUAGAAAAGGUGACACUCCAAAAUUCAGUCAAAAAGACAUCAGUCACUGAGGAUGAAGAUAUUGCAGAGGUCUUGUAUCUCAUUCCUAAACAGAGCUUGCUGAAGCAACUGCCCUACUUGAAUCCAGAUGACUACUACUUAUGCGAGCAGUUAUUUGACUCUUCUGAGGAUCUGGUGGCCCAUCCUCAGGAGCCUCACCAUCCCUCUGAAAAGCCAGUCAUCCACUGCCAUAAAUGUGGGGAGCCAUGUAAGGGUGAAGUACUCCGUGUUCAGGCCAGACACUUCCACAUCAAAUGUUUCACCUGCAAAGUGUGUGGCUGUGACUUGGCACAAGGAGGCUUUUUCAUUAAGAAUGGGGAAUAUCUUUGCACCUUGGAUUACCAGCGCAUGUAUGGUACCCGCUGCAACGGUUGUGGGGAGUUCGUGGAAGGCGAAGUAGUGACAGCUCUGGGAAAAACAUAUCAUCCAAGCUGCUUUGCCUGUACUGCUUGCAAGCGUCCAUUUCCACCAGGUGAUCGAGUUACCUUUAAUGGAAGAGACUGUCUCUGUCAGAUGUGUGCUCAGCCAAUGUCCUCCAGUCCAAAAGAAUUGUCUGCCUCAAGCAAUUGUGCUGGCUGUGGAAGAGACAUAAAAAAUGGACAAGCAUUGCUAGCUCUGGAUAAGCAGUGGCACCUGGGGUGCUUUAAAUGCAAGGCCUGCGGGAAGGUCCUAACCGGGGAAUACAUCAGCAAAGAUGGUGCUCCUUAUUGUGAAAAGGACUAUCAAGUUCUUUUUGGAGUCAAAUGUGAAGCAUGUCACCAGUUCAUUACUGGGAAGGUCCUAGAGGCAGGUGACAAGCAUUAUCAUCCAAGCUGUGCACGAUGCAGCAGGUGCAACCAAAUGUUCACGGAAGGAGAAGAAAUGUAUCUGCAAGGUUCCACUGUCUGGCAUCCCGACUGUAAGCAAUCCACUAAGACUGAAGAUAAGCUACGGCAUUCCUCAUCUGAGUUCUUUUAUCCAAAGAGUCUGGUUCUGCGCAGGCCACGCUCUGCAGAGCCUACAAGAACAUCAUCAGAAAGCAUUUAUUCCAGACCAGGUUCCAGUAUACCUGGCUCUCCAGGCCACACUAUCUAUGCAAAAGUAGACAAUGAAAUCCUUGAUUACAAGGAUUUAGCAGCCAUUCCCAAAGUCAAGGCCAUUUAUGACAUUGAACGUCCAGACCUAAUUACUUAUGAGCCAUUCUACACUUCCGCCUACGAGGACAGACAGGAGAGACAGAGUCUUGGAGAGUCUCCAAGGACAUUAUCACCUACCCCGUCUGCAGAAGGUUAUCAAGAUGUUCGGGAUCGCAUGAUUCACAGGUCUACUAGUCAGGGCUCCAUUAAUUCUCCAGUGUAUAGUCGUCAUAGCUACACACCCACCAUGUCACGUUCCCCUCAGCAUUUCCACAGACCUGGCAAUGAGCCGUCCAGCGGUCGGAACUCCCCUGUCCCCUAUCGGCCCGACAGCCGCCCUCUCACUCCAACUUACGCUCAGGCCCCUAAACAUUUCCAUGUUCCAGAUCAAGGUGUCAACAUUUACAGAAAACCGCCCAUCUACAAACAACAUGAUGCAGCUGCUUUGGCAGCACAGAGCAAGUCCUCCGAGGAUAUCAUCAAGUCCUCCAAGUUCCCAGCAGCUCAUGCACCAGCACCCAACGAGAUACCAAAGAUUGAGACAGACCACUGGCCAGGUCCUCCCUCCCUUGCGGCCAUAGGAGCUGACAUGAGACGCAGAUCAAGUGGAAGAGAGGAAGAUGAUGAGGAGCUACAGAGACGGCGGCAGCUGCAGGAGGAGCAGCUCAUGAAGCUCAACUCUGGUCUGGGACAAUUGAUACUCAAAGAAGAGAUGGAAAAGGAGAGUCGCGAUAGGUCAGCCCUUUCUGCCAGUCGUUAUGAUUCUCCAGCACAUGCUUCAGCCUCCAAAACCUCUUCUCUCCCUGGCUAUGGAAAAAAUGGACUUCACAGGCCGGUGUCUACAGAUUUUGGUCAGUACAACAGUUAUGGGGAUGUGAGUGGUGGUGUUAGAGAUUUCCAGUCCCUUCCGGAUGGUCAUGUCCCCGGGAUGAGAAUGGACAGAGGAGUAUCUAUGCCUAACAUGUUGGAGCCAAAGAUUUUUCCAUAUGAAAUGCUCAUGGUGACCAACAGAGGGCGAAAUAAAAUACUAAAAGAUGUAGACAGAACCAGGCUUGAGCGUCACUUAGCACCUGAAGUUUUUCAAGAAAUAUUUGGCAUGACGAUACAGGAGUUUGACAAGUUACCUCUCUGGAGACGCAACGACAUGAAGAAAAAAGCAAAACUCUUUUAAUCUCCCUUUAAACAAACCAACAAAAAAUGUUGCAUAGGAUAUUGUGUCAUACAGUCCUAACUAUUUGGAAGCAACAACUUAUCCACCAAAAAGGGAAAAUCACAUAGUGGCACCUCUGUACACAGCAAUUGAACAAGAUGAACAUCUGCCCUCCUGGAACAUAGGGAGAAAUUAUCUAAGCUCAGACAUGAAACAACAGCGAUAGUUUUCAGAGGUGUCAACCUGUUACAUGAUAUUAUACAAGAUAGGAAACUGUUCUGUUCUUCUCCCUCAACGAUAUUCCCUUUACUUUUCUCCACAACAUGAUGGACUUUUUGCUAGAGCCAGGAAGUGCCCUUAGGAUGCCUUGUAGACUAAAGUAGUUGUAACCACUCCAAGAACUGGAAAAGAAUAUAUAUAUAUAUAUAUAUAUAUAUAUAUAUAAAAAUAUAUAUAUAUGUAUGCGUGUUUGCGUGUGUGCGCACAUGUAUUUAUAUCUAUCCAUCUAUCUAUGUGUGUGCGUGUAUGUAUGUGUAUAUAUGUGUAUAUAUAUGGAAAGGAAGAUAGACAGAUGCUCUGUAGUGAAGGAGAGGCCCUUUGUAACUUAUUCACAUGGUCACAUUAAGUCUUUCACACAUCUGUUCGUUAACUGGCACUCUUUUGAAAUGGCAUCUUCUUCGUGUGACACAAUUUGCAAAGGUGGGCACUCUGCUCACUUGAUACCAGUGGAAUUUUUGGAAAAUGGACUCCUUGUACUUGUAUAUAUUUGCUAGGAUAUAGGAAUUGAAUUGCUGUGUCUGUUGUCAGUCUUCCCUCUUCCACACUUUCUGCUUGAAUUAAUAAGGCUGGAGCUUAACCAGUCCUUUGAAUAAUUUAAGAUCACUUAAGUAAUGGGAAUGAUGGAGAAGAGUCAGUUUUCUUGUAAUUUAGUCCAGGAGAUGGGUGGAUGGGGGUGGGAGUGACAGAGUGAGAAAAUGUGGGGGUUUUUAAGUGUGCCCUGGUUCGCAUCCAGAGAUAACGGGACAGACUCCCUGCUAGUAAUUACUAGUGCAGCUCGUCAGACUGCAGUGGAGUUGUAGGAUUUUACAUCGGCAGGGAAGAUGGUUCUCUGCAAGCUAACACGCAAAUUCAUCCCUCUUAGGGAGGAUUGUCUAUGAAUUAAAAGGUACCAUCAAGGUGCCAUGCUCUGCCAAUACAGGCUUUUUGAUUAAAUUGCAGUUGCUGUUGUCAAUAUGGCACAGUGCAUGGGGCCAAGCACUCUCUUUAGUUAAUGUAGUUUUUCACUUGUGCUUGGAAAAGAGGGCACAGAAUUUUUUUUCCUCUCUUGAAGCAUCAAAGCUCAAGCCUUGGUUAUUCUUAUUUCCCUUUGUGCCUGACUUGGUUUUUGAAGGCAGAGUAAUCAUGCAAGACAGUUUCUGAGCUGCAUUGAACUCCGUAUUGCUUUCAGUCUUCUUCCAAUAUGCUGCAGCUUAAAAAACUGCCUGUAUAUAACUUAACUGCUUCUGGGCAAGUCCUAUACAGAGGAGGACGUGAGCACCAAAGUAAUUGAACGAAUGCAUUGUGGCUGCAAGGUCAGCUUUUUCUCUUCCUUGGUGCUUAACUGCCAAUGCAUACUGCACUAAUGAGCCCACCUCCUGAUACAGGAGAGGGUCAUUUAGGUUCUGUGUCUGUCAAAAUAUCAAGGUUUCAUUUUUAAUGCAGAAACUUUUGGCACUGGAGACAUCAGAACCUUUGUAUUUUCUGUUAUAUGAGACAUAGGUGUUAAAAUCUGGAAGUCGGGAAGGGGAAACAGUCCUGUGUAGUUGUGAGAUUCAGUAUCUCUGUGUUGAGUUCUCUGUAUCACCAAAUGGCAUUUCACCAUGAAAUGCGCAGGACGGCCCAAAUCCUGCCUCUUCUUUGCUGGUUUAGGAAGUCCUGUUGCAACAGAUGACUGGUUCCUUUGAUAAAAUUCUAGUUGAAGAUUCAUUAUAGGCAAGACAGAUAGAAGGGGUCAGCACCUGCUCCUCGACCCUAGAGCUAAGGGAAUGGGACAAGCUGAAGAUUGUGCUACCAUGCAGAUCUGGCAUCACAGUCCGCACUGAAUAGAAGUCCUCAGCGAACACUGUGACACACAGAGUUGUGAGUAAACUCUGGACGUUACUGAGAUUGCAGCAAGGAUCAGUUCAACAUGUUUUACUUCAUUUUUCAGAACAAGCACCUGAAAGGGUUUUAGAGGAACACCAAAAAGUAGAUGGGAAUGUUAUAGGGGCACUGGCAGUUUGAGAUGCAUUUCUGAGUGACUGCUGAAACCAAAUCACUGCUGAAAGAACAGCAGUGUUUUACAGUCACAGGCUUUUUGAGUGCUGGAGUCUCAGAAAUUCAGUGUUUGUCACUUGCAAGGUGUAGCUUAACUUUGAGAUCAACAUCUGAGUUUUAACGCAUUUAAAGUAUUAAAAUUCUCCAAAUUUUGUCAGGCCACAUCCUUUAAACAGUACUGUGCUGCUGCCUCUCAAAUACAGUAGGCAAUAUGGGUCUUUUAGCCCAAGUCACAAUGACAGUAAACCUUUUUGAUCUGAAGACUUGCUCUCUCAAGGUUGUGAGCUGCCAGUCUGCAUUUUGCUGUCUAGAUUAUAUAUUUGCAUCUCUAGAUUAUUACUGAACUUCUCACAGCAUAGGCUACCCAGUCAUUUCAGAAAUGGCUAAACAAGCUUGUUUCCUCUCAAAAAAAAAAAAAAAAAAAAAAAAAAAAUUAUAAAAAGAGAACCCAGCCUCCAAGCCUGUGAAGGAUGACAGGGUCAUUUGUAUCUGCCUCAUCAACUGAGAAUUUAAAACUGCAAUUGGAGCUUGGGGAGGAAUGAAGAGAAGCCAGCUUAGAUGCUGCAGAAAUAAUUAAUCUCUCACUUGAUUUUUGGGCCACUGCUAGUUCACAUCUCACUGGUGUGGAGCAUAGUCAGUCAGUUCACAGCCCCCUGCACUUGACUUAAUACUGCUUUAUUUUUGAUUGAGAACAUGAAGGGUUUCCUAAGCUUCCAUUUCAUGCCUAUAGUUAAUUUCCCUUAACUAUCCCAACCACCUACAUGUAGAUGUACCCCAAGAGAUCGCCUCUACAUAAAAACGAUGCUGCAGCCAGCCGCAGGGUGUGUGCUUGUUUUCUGCAGUGGGCUGUUAGCAGUAGUCACCACAACAUUUUCUGUUCUUUCAUCUGGUCUUCCCACCUAAUAAGAACAGAAAUAUAGCCCCAGGGAGAAUUUUCCUUGUGAGCAAUGAAUUAUUUUCCUAGUAUCAAUCAAGUAGCAUUUUCUUGGGCAGUUCUUUGUAAUUCCCCUCUUCAGUAUUCCCUUGAGCCAUGCCAGAGGUUGGACUAUUUAAAGGUCCCUUCCAACCCACGCCAUUCUGUGGUUCUAUGAAUAUGCCUUAAGUUACAUGCUAACGUUCUUCUGUCUCCUGCAAAGUGUUUGAGCUUCUGAUAAAGUCCCAUCAAACUUAGUGCUGUCAACAGAACAUCAACAGAACAUCAUUGCCAAGAGGACUGAAAACUAAUUGCUUUUGUUUUGUUUUUCCCCUUUUCAGCUUUGGGAGUGAUGUAAGAGCAGAGACCUGUUAAAACAUAGCAAAAUAACCACACGUGUGAAAUGGGAUUAUGUACACAUGCAGGUUUUCAAACACGGGCCCCCUGUAGCACGCACACUCCCCAUUUGGAGUUGAGGUAUUAUGUGAGUAGUUAACCUGGGAUUUAUAGUGUGUAGUGUUGAAUAGAUAGAAGUCAUUAAGUUAUGAAGGUUGUCACUUGCAUAUGGGCUUAUAUCUGAGGGGCUUGUGGAUACCUGUGAUGUACAAGAGUGUGCAAAAGGCAGGGUCAGCUUCCCAAAUCACGGAAGUGCCAGGUCAGCCCCAUGUGAUAUCAUUUAAAAGGCCUCCUCAGGCAUAUGUGAACCACCCAUCCCUGGCAGAGCUUAGGUGGAAGGGUAGUACCCUGUGCAGUAGUCUUCAUAUUAAUGGAGAACCCAGAGGUUUGGCUUACUGGGUUUUAUGCCCUUUUCAGAUACUGGUCUGAUUAUUUCCAUAUGAACAAGUAGAGAACUGUUCUGUGUUACAGUGGGAACAGCUGGCCAUACUGUCUAUACCCGUGCCUUAACUUAGUGUAAGCUCCAGCCUACUGUGAGUCAGAGGUUGAAAUACAUAAUGUUGAAAUAAAUGUGUUGUUCAUCAUCUCUGAAGAUAGCAGAAUUAAGCCAACUUGAAGAGCAGUUUUGGAAAUGACUAAACUGUCCGCUAUUUCUCAAUGAAGCAAUGUGAUCUAUUGUGGCCUCAGUUCAGGAAGCCGAAUGUAGCAUCUCAACUCUGCCAGUAUCCUAUCCCAAACCUACUAAGCUUUCUCUACAACUGGAAGAGUAAGUUCUUGUGAAGUUCGCUCUCAGAAUCUCUUUUUUGUUGUUGUCGUUGUUUGUUAUCAUCUCAUGCUGGUAUCACUUAAGACAGGUUUUAGAGGCAUCUCAGAAACAUACUUGUUUUCGGUUUGGUUAGUAACUUUUCAUUAUAUAUGGUUUGUGAUGCAUUGUGGACAUAGCUGCAGUGUGCUGUGAAGGGUUAGACUAGGAGUACUAUAAUAGCUGUAUGUGGGACAGGAUAGCCCUGUGGCUCCAGUAGUGCUUUUACUGUUUUACAGCACUUUUUUUAGUGCAGUUAAGACAGAUGUCACCUCUCCUUACGAAGUCCUAUAGUCCUAAAUCUGUGGGCCUAGCACCGAAGUGCUUGCUGCCCUUUCCCUGUUGCAAUUUGGAAAUCCUUUCUCAUCUGUGUAGUUCCUAUGUCUCGCUGUUCCAGGGAGGUCAUUAGGAAUCUCUUUUGUAAAAGUUUGAUACACUGAAAUUAGACACAUUUUGAAGUGAAAUCCCUUUCUGCAAACCAUGUUUCAGGUAAUAUCAAUGAAUGGAGAAGGGUUAAGUUCUGGGAAGGAGGAGGGCUGUCAUAAUCUUGAUUUCUCCAAGGUUUGUCAAGGUGCUGUUCAGCAGAAUUAGAAGAAAACACAGGCAUGAGCCUGUGGUACCUAUUUCAAACUGUAGGGAAGUCUUUUGGAGCCCAUAAUUUAUGAGCUGAAGUUCAUAAGCUUAUACAUUGAAGUUCAUGGUAUGAAGCUGUUCAACAAGUGACAGAAAAAAUAAUCCCCAAAAUGGUAAAAAAUAUGAACAUCCCCUCAACUGCUCUUGGAGUGACUUAUCUUGGCUCAUCCUGACUUAGGAGGAGGUCUUGGCAUAUUUGGGCCAUAGCCUUGUUGAGCAGACUAAACAGAAACUGGCCUUUCUCCCCCACCCUGAUUCAUUGCUUUCCUUCAGAAUGUAUUUGUGGAGGAGGAUGUCCAUGUCCUGGAAGUUACCUAUGGCAGUGAAAAAUAGCAGUCAGUAAUAAUGAUGAUGCAAUAAAACACGUGCAGGAAACAAGAAUAUCAACUAACCUGUCCUGAAAUGCUACUCAUCUUUCCAUGUCAGAGAGGCACUUAGGGCUGGCCUCCACAGCCCCCUUCCCCGUUCAGUUAGCCCCACGUCACUGUCCAGUUCGUGCCCUUCCAAACUUUUUGGCCCUGUCAACACACCUGCUAGAGUCCAGCGUAGUCUUCAGGGUAGACACAUAGCAAGGGCUGCUCUUGACAAUAUGUGGUAUGUUUUUACCCCAUUGCUAUGUAAUGAAGAGCUAGAGAGAGCUACUGAGCACUGUGAUAGUAGUACAAUGGGCCUUUCUCUUUUAAUGUAGAAACACCCUUAUUACUGUGGGUUGCAGGACUGCUCUGGCUGGUGAGUUUUUGCCUUGUGGUUUCUCCCACACACCUUUUUUAUGCUUAAUAAAAUAAGGAACAAAAAAAAAUCUAUCACAAUGCAAAGAUACAGAGUUUUUAGUCAGACAACUCUGCUGGCAGGAGCCGUGUGAUGCCUGCAUUUGGCAGGGAGAGAAUUAGCAUUAUUAAUUUUAAUGUAAGCAUCAGUGCAGGAAGUGGGAAUGUAAUUGGCCAUUAAUGUUGUUUGCCUGUAUGCAAAAUAAAUUAUUUGUUGCCCAAAGGGCUUCUAACAGGGAAAUAGAUUUCUGCUAAUGAUUUCCUAAAAAAUGCUUGUCCAUGUGAAGAGGUAGUAUUUCCACAUGAUUGCGGUCUUUCUUCUGAGGUAAAAAGAGAUGGCUGAAGGCAAACAUGACCUGUUUUGUCAGGAUCAUCACAGUUAAUACAAAUGUUGCUCCUAGGACUUGCAAAGCUGAGACCCACAGGACCUUGCUCCUAGGCAUUAGGAAAUGGAGCAUUUCAAGCAGCAGAAGCAGCUAUGGGAAUUCCAGCGGUGCCUUACCAGGCUGAGUCUCUAGCUCCCUUAGGUGCUUUGACAGGUCCCACUGGACACUUGCCUGGGCUUUUGUCACUGAACACCCUUCAGAAAGCACUUCCCUCCAGAUGCAAAACCACUGAAAUCAGUGGAGCCUCUCACUGACAUCCGCACACUUUGGAGCAGGCUCUUUCUCAGCUGGCUUGCCCAGGAAAGUCUCUGACUGAUGUGUAUGCCCGCAGCAACGAGCUCUGUAUGUCAUUACUAACCAGUCCUGUCCAAGCAGUGCAGCUUGGUCGUUGCUGACAACUCUUCCUGUAAGGGGGCCUUACAGCUGGGAUUUUUUUUUUUUAAGCUUUGGAAGCCGAAACUUAUUUUUCAAAGAUGUAUGUUCCUUUAAAUCAGUAGAUUUUGGCAAUAGGAUUUUUUUUUCUUUUCUCCUCCCUUCACAUGUUACAAACCAGCCUUUUGGGGAGGUGCCCCUGUGUUUCCAUUCGUCUGUGAGACAGCUCUCUUUCUGAGUCUCUGUAAGAGUGAAUCAAUGUCUUGUCUGUAGAGUAAGUCUGCUUGUAUGCAUAAAGAAAAGUUGAGCUGGGUUGCUGUUCUGUACAAUUAGUGUUUCCACUGUCAUACUGCAAACAGCACAUACUGCACUCCUGUGCCACUGUAAUCUGCAUCACUGUUGUACUCAAGUCAAUGAAUAAAGUUUGGAGCUUUAUUCUUAA